AUGGCCGCCUCCACCAUGUCCGUCUGCUCCGACGCCUACACCAACACCUCCUGGCAGGUGGACGACUGCCCAGAGAGCUGCUGCGAGCCCUGCUGCUGCCCGCAGUCUAGCUGCCAGUCCUGCAGCUGCGCCCCCGCCCCCAGCCUGACCCUCCUCUGCUCCCCGGCCAGCUGUGUGUGCAGCCCCUGCUGCCAGUCCGUCUGCACCAGCUGCUGCACGCCCUGCUGCUGCCCGCAGUCUAGCUGCCAGCCCUGUGGCUGCACCGGCUCACCCUGCCAGCAGGCCUGCUGUGUGCCCAUGUGCUGUAAGCCCGUGUGCUGCAGGCCCGUGCCCGUGUGCUGCACGCCCGUAUGCUGCAGGCCCGUGUGCUGCACACCCGUGUGCAGUGGGGCUUCCUCCGGCUGCUGCCAGCCCUGUGGCUGCACCUGCUCUCCCUGCCAGCCGUCCUCUAGCGUGUCCCUGCUGUGCAGGCCGGCCUGCAGGGUGCCUGCCUCCUACGGCUGCACCCCCUGCUGCCAGCCCAGCUGCUGCCGCCCCGCGGCCUCCUGUGUCUCCUUGCUGUGCCGCCCCGCCUGCUCCCGCCCGGCCUGCUGCAGCGGCUCCUCCGGCCAAAAGUGCAGCUGCUGA